UCUGUCCCCAUCUGUCCCCAGCCCCAGGGAGGGCACGGGGAGGUGCACCCCGAGUCUGAUGGUGAUGGGGGUGAGGGGCUUUGCUGGGUACCACCCUGCAGUGCCAGAGUCACUUGGCAGGGGGCUGGGGGGCAAUGCAGCCUGUAAUUAAUUAAUGUGGACAGUAAUUAAUUAAUGCUGCGGGGGUGAGGCUCCGUGCUGAGCCCUGUCUGUGCCCCCAGGCUCCCUGACUGUCUCCAUCACUGACAUGAGGGCCCCCCUGGUCGGGGGCUCAGGGGGGGUCUACGCCCUCUGCUCAGCCCACCUCGCCAACGUCGUCAUGAACUGGGCCGGGAUGCGCUGUCCCUACAAGCUGCUGCGUAUGGUGCUGGCGCUGGUGUGCAUGAGCUCCGAGGUGGGUCGCGCCGUGUGGCUCCGGUUCUCGCCGCCGCUGCCGGCCUCGGGCCCGCAGCCGUCCUUCAUGGCUCACCUGGCGGGGGCCAUCGUGGGCAUCAGCAUGGGGCUGACCAUCCUGCGCAGCUACGAGGAGAGCCUGCAGGACCAGUGCGGCUGGUGGGUGCUGCUGCUCUCCUACGGCACCUUCCUGCUCUUCGCCGUCUUCUGGAACAUCUUCGCCUACGACCUGCUGGGAGCACAGAUCCCCCCCCCCCCCGUCCCCCCCCCCCCCCGCCCCGGCCCUUCGGUUGGUUUGUUUUCCAGGCCCGGUGGGGGGGGCGGGGGGUCCCCGCGCGUGACAUGGGGACAGGCCACCCCCCGCCCGCCUGCCCCCUCGGUGCUACAGAACGCGCCGCCCCCCGCCCCGGGCUGCGCCCCCCCGAAUGUACCUGCCGACCCCCCGCGCUGUACCCCCACCCCAAAGGAUGCUUCAGCCCUGCCCUGGCAUCGCAAACCCCCCCGGGGUGCCCGCAGGGCUCGGGAUGUGCCCCCCGGAAGGAGCCGAGUGUGGGGACCCCCUCGCUGGCUCCUGUACCCCCUUCCCAGGGUGGGGACCAACACUCGUUGCCCCCCAGGACCUGCACUUUCACACGAAGGACUGGUGCCAAAAUAGGAGCGAUUUAUUUUUCUACGCCAAAAUAAAUAUAAAUAAAAGAAAGAGAGGAAUUAAAAAAAAAAAAAGAAGGAUAUGGGGAGAGCCCAGCAGGAACCAGCUGAGACCGGCACAACUCGUUUCGGCAGUGCCCUCGGGGCGCAGCCCCCCCUUCCCCGCGCCCCAGCCCCCCCGCUUUGCUGCCAGCGCCCUCCCCGGGGCGGGGGGCUCGCCCCGGGAUGGGGGCGCAGGGGGGGUCCCCGCUCUGACCCCCCCCAGACCUUU